GAGGUGUUGCAGCUGUUCGAAAGGUUGUCCUUUUGACUGCCAAACUACAAGUCUGCUCCACAGUUCUGAUUGAAAUAGACCACAGUCCCAGGAGGGGGAUCGGAGAAGUCUUGCACUUCUUGCCAGGAUUUCUAAAACGCAAUGCCUCAGGAAAGGACUAGCAGCAGCCAGGCAGAGCACCCAUGGUGUCAACAACAAGCCAGUCACAGAGGAAAUGUGUGCCAACAGCUGGAAAGAGACAGCUGGGGACAGACAUAUCUGUAGGGUCAAUGGAGCAGUCCUCUCCAAAGGAAGGGGAUACACACCUCAGCAAGCAGCCUAAUACCUCCUCUCGAUGAGUAAGGGUGCUUUCCAACAAAAGAGGCACAAUCUGAUCAGCCUCCGGCUGGCUAUAUCCUCGCCUGCCUAAUAACAGGGAAGUUCACCAUUAGUGGAUAUUGCCUCAGCCUCACCGCAGAGUGUUAUCGCAUUUGAAGCACGGGAUAGCUAUAAAACAGCAUACUUUUCUCUCUGCCCCAUGGCAAUGUGUGUAGAAUCGUAGGAAGUUAGCAGUUUUCUCCCGAAAAACACUCCUACCGUGCAGGAGCCCCCGUGAAUCUGCGGUAUGCCACUGGUGCAGCUACGUAUGUUACUGCUUUUUUUGGGGGGGGGGGGUGAAUGAACUAGUCUUGCAACUAUUAUUUGGGGAGAGAUCUCAAGUAGGCUAGUCAUUUUCAACAUGAGCAGAUCGAGGACCUCUAUGUCUUUGGUUUGCAUAUGCACCACCACCACCUGAGAAUGUGGCCUCCUGUCCCAUUAUUUUUAUGUUGUAUUUAUUUAUUUUAUUUCACCUUUAUUUUUAACCAGGUAGGCCAGUUGAGAACAAGUUCUCAUUUACAACUGCGACCAUGUAUCCAGCCAGCCGCUAAACAGGCUGAUUGAUAAAGCAGUGUCCAGAGUGGACUAAGUGACAGAAACAAAUAUGUGGCUGAAAUUUAUGUAGAAUGAAUGGGCAGAGCUUUGCCCUGGGUAAUGUCUGGCUAUUGGGUAGCACUAGGACCUGUGUUUCUGUAGGAGUGCUGAUAGAGGUUCAGCUUAGCCCUUUAGAUCGUCGUUCGUUUGAUUAUUAUGGACAAGAAGCCACCUGACGCUAGAUCAGCACUCCUACUCUGAGGCACUUGGUACAUGCGAGCCAUGUAACUCUACCUUGAAACGACUUCAGUAGAGUUGAGAGAGAUUUGAUUAUCUCUGGGUGCCCUCUACUGGCAUUGAUUUUAGUCAGAUGUUAUGUGUAUAUAUAUAUAUAUACACACAUAUAUAUUUUGAAACAUAUAUAUUUUGAAACAUGUUUUCUGUCAGAUGUAACCUGCGCCACUGGAAGGUAGUAUCCAUGAGUGAUGGCUCGGCGUCAUCGGCGUUGGCUGUCUUGUGUCAUAGGUAGACAUGUUAUGCAUUGGAGAGGUUUUUGGUGGUUGGUUAGCAGUGUAAAAUGAAGACUCUGUGGCUGUGAUGGUGAUGAUGGUGAUGCUCAAAUUCAAUUCUGUUUUCAAUCCCAUUCAUUACCUGUUGUGUAUUUAACCCUCUGUUUCCCCUCAUGUCUUUGUCAGAGAUUGAUUUGUUGUCAGUGUAGUGUGAUUGUUUGUAUAGGUGCGCGUCGGGUCUUCGUACCCAUGUUUUGUUUGUUUGUACAUUUAUUGUUAUGGAGCAUACUUGUGGAACUUGAUUAAAAUACUCCAUAUUUACACUCCAUUUGACUCUCCUGCGCCUGACUUCCCUGCCACCUAUUACACCUAUGCUUGACAGAGAGCCAAAACGCAUUACAGGAUUUUGUAUUGAGCCUCAAUAAAGGGAAAGGGUAUUUUUCUUGGAAAACAUAAUAUCUCUCCAGUGGUUUAGUCCUCUAAUCACUCUAACUAAUUUCCAUUUAAAAAUAAAAAGUUUGUUUGGUGUUUCCCGUGCCUCGUAGACCACAUGACAGUGAUGACACAAUGUCAAUGCACAGGCAAGUGUACAGCAAGGGUAUAAGUUGAAACAACAGAGUCAAACUGUGUAACCCAGUAUCAGCCAUAUACUGCAUGUACUUCCUCUGUAAUUCUAUUUGCACACACAUUACUUCCUUAGAAUGCAUGUAACCGCUCUGACCUCCCCUGCACCUCUUCGAGUGCUGUCGUUAGGACCCAAAAUCUGUUCUAGUAACAUUUCAAAUAUUUUACCCUGAACCUUGACUUCCCAGGUUGAUAGCAUAUCCAACCAGUAUUCAGUGGUGACAGGCACGAUGAAGUCCAGGUUGUUUUACAUCAUGGUUCUGCUCGCAGGACGUCUCGCUAUGAACGAAGGAAACACAUAUUCGUGCUCCAACGACACUCAAGUUCUGUCUUACGUUCCGUCUGUAGUCGAUGUGGAUCGUGCAAGAUGCUGUAUGGAAGUUGUCAAUGAGCAGUUUAAGACGGAGAACCUCAGCACUAUUAUUAAAUCUGUGGAGAAACUAGAAAUGUUUCUUGAAAACACAGCUUUGAAUGAGACAACUUCAAUCAUUGUUGAGAGGCUUGUGGCUCACAUAUUCAGGGCCGACGGCCACUUUACAGGGCUUAAUAUAUCUGCCAGCCAAGAACGGGUAACAUCAGACAGUGACCAUGUGGCCAACACUACCGUCAAGGUCCACCUGCCCAAAGAGCUCUUGAAAACCAACGAGAACAAUACCAUUAUCUUCUGCAUGAUUACCUCACCAGAAAAAUAUGGGCAAUUGGGGAUUCUUGAUGGGCGAAUAGUAGGUCUGGCUGUAAGCAAGAAGACAGUGUUAGGUCUGCAGGACAAGGUCAACUUCUCCAUGCCUCUACAGCGCCCCACGCUGGAAAGUCAGGCUGACAAACAACCAUCUUGUCAAUUCUUCAAUUUUUCAACCAAUCAGUUCUACCAGGAUGGCUGCACCACCGAGUGGAAGAGAGACGAGGACCGUGUGGUCUGCUCAUGUGACCACCUCACAUACUUUGCUGUGCUGAUGGUGUCUCCCUCCAUCUCUGAAAGCGAUCGGGAGAUCCUAAGCUACAUCACUCUGAUUGGCUGCAGUCUGUCUCUGUUCUUCCUGGUGGUCACAAUCGUUCUGUACGCCACUCAAAGAGGUACAGGCACAGACAUCUCCCUGAAGGUGCAUAUCAACCUGUCUGUGGCCCUGAUCCUCCUCAACCUGCACUUCCUGCCCAGCCAGCAGGUAGCAGCAUUAUCCUCCUCUGGGCCAUGUAUCUAUGUUGCUGUCCUUCUGCAUUACUCUCUACUGGCCACCUUCACAUGGACAGCAAUCGAAGGCUUCCACCUUUACCUGUUGCUGGUCCGUGUCUUCAACAUCUAUGUCAGGAGAUACCUGCUCAAACUGAGCCUGGUAGGAUGGGGAUUUCCUGCGGUCAUUGUCAUCGUGAUUGCUAUCAUUGACAAAGACACAUACAGCCGUGUGACUCUUCAACCCUCUAAGACCAAUGGCACAGCUGUGGAGAUGUGUUACCUCUCUAAUGAUGUGAUGAAGCUGGUGACCACGGUGGGUCUGUUUGCCCUGGUGUUUGUGUUUAACCUCGGUAUGCUGGCUGUGACUAUGAGGCGCCUCAAGUCUCUGCGCACUGAACAGACGUCAAGGGAGAAGGGUAGGGCCAGGAGGGACACCUGCACUGUGCUGGGCAUCACCUGUCUGCUGGGCAUCACCUGGGGCAUCAUCUUCUUCUCCUUCGGCCAGCUUACCACACCUGGCCUCUACCUUUUCUGUGUCCUCAACUCUCUACAAGGUUUUUUCAUCUUCCUCUGGUUUUGUGUGUUCAAAUGGAAGACUGAGGACAGCCAACCUGGCAGUGACACUCACUAUACCAAUUCCAGAUCUGCCUGAGGACAAAGUCUGUUGUCAACCAAUCCAGCACUUGUUAUCAAUGUUA